AUGAACUAUCUCGACCGCAACAACAUCGCCGCUGCCCGUCUGGGUGGUCUGGAAGAAGACCUCAACCUCAGCCCCACGCAAUACAGCACAUGUCUGUCUAUUCUUUACGUGGGAUAUAUCCUAAUGCAGGUCCCGUCCAACAUGAUCAUCAACAAGAUUCCGCGUCCGUCGCUUUACAUCGCUGUUGUUAUGCUCAUCUGGGGCAUGAUCUCUACUCUAUCCGGAAACGUGACAAACUUCGCUGGCAUGGUCGCAAUCCGUUUCUUCAUUGGUUUUGUGGAAGCCGCCUUCCUUCCUGGUGCACUGCUUAUCCUGUCGAAAUGGUACACGCGCCGCGAAUUGACUCUACGAAACGCGAUUCUCUUCUGCGGCAACCUGAUCUCAAACGCCUUCUCCUCCCUCGUCGGUGCCGCGGUACUGGGAAAUAUGGAGGGCACGCUCGGCCACCGCGCCUGGAGAUGGCUGUACUGGAUUGAGGGCGCAGCAACGAUGCUCAUCGCCAUCUCCGCCAUCUUCAUCCUCCCGGAUCUACCGCACAACUCAAAGGGUUUCACCGAGGAAGAGCGCGCCGUCGCUGUCCUGCGCAUGACUGAGGAUGUCGGCGAGGCAGAUGAAGAUUCGGCUGAGCAAUCUGCUUUCGCGGGUUUCUUCAUGGCGGUCAAGGAUCUUAAGAUCUAUGUUAUGAUGCUCACGUUCACGGCAUACGUAGUUGGACUGUCGUUCAACGCCUUCUUCCCUACGCUUACACGCACCCUGGGUUUCGGUUACAUCACCACACUGCUCAUGUCCGCGCCGCCGUGGGCCUUCGCUUGCGUCGUCUCGCUCAUCAACGCGUGGCAUGCGGAUCGACAGCAAGAACGUUUCUGGCACAUCGUCUGCCCGAUCAUGCUAGGCAUCGUCGGCUUCGUCAUCUCGAUGGCCACAUCAAACACCGCAGGCCGCUACGUCGCCCUCUUCCUGCAAGCCUCCUCCUACGCCGGCUUCAUCGUCUUCUACUCGUGGAUCUCGUCCUCGUUCCCGCGGCCACCCGCCAAGCGCGCCGUCGCCAUCGCCAUGAUCAACGCGUUCUCGCAGCUCGGCAACAUUGCUGGGAGUUAUGUGUGGAAUAUGUCGGAUAAUGGGUACAGGAACAGUUAUGGGGUUGUUACGGCGAUGUUUGGGGUUACGAUUGCGGGAUGCUUUGUUUUCAGGGUUAUUUUGGUGAGGUUGAAUAAGAGGUUGGAUGAUGGGACGGAUGCGUGGGUUGUGCAUGGGGAUGUUGCGGAGCAGACGGCUGCUGUGGAGGGGGUUAGUGUUGAGGAGGGGAGGAAGCAGAUGGGUGAUUUUAGGUAUCUUGUUUAG